ACACAACUUGCAAGCUCAAUACAAACACCACAUCACCCCACCACCGACCGCCGCCGUCAAAUGUCCACGAAACCCAAAUCCCGUUGGGACGACGACACCGAAGCCACCGCCGCAGAACUCGCGCGUCUGAAAGCCGAAAAGGCCGCCCGCAAAGCUCUGAAAUCCCAGCAAAAGAAGAAACAAUUACAAUCCGCCGCCGCCGACGGGGGCAGCAGCGCGGCACCUCCCUCCCCACCGGCACCCAAGCGACGAAAACUCGACCGCAGUGAUGAGUCUAAUGCCGGAGACGAGGACGAAGCAAAGUUAAAACUCCUCCGCUUCAGCGCCCCGGCGAUAACGCCCUGUGCGCACGUGGACUGGUACGAGAAGCUGAACCAUAUCGAGGAGGGUUCUUAUGGUGUUGUGUCGCGGGCGCGGGACUCGCGGACGGGCGAGAUCGUCGCGUUGAAGAGGCUGAAGUUGGAGAGGGAGACGGAUGGGUUCCCCAUUACUAGCCUUCGAGAGAUACAGACACUUAUGGCGGCGCGGCAUGAGAAUGUGGUUAAUCUUCGGGAGGUGGUUGUUGGGGGGACUCUCAAAGACGUGUUUAUAGUAAUGGACUUUAUAGAACACGAUUUGAAGACCCUCUCGGAGGACAUGCAGGAGCCGUUCUUGCAAUCUGAGGUCAAGACGUUGAUGCUGCAGCUUGUAUCUGCUACAGCGCUGAUGCAUAGUCGGUGGAUUGUGCAUCGCGAUUUGAAGACUUCUAAUCUACUCAUGAAUAAUCGCGGUCAGAUUAAAGUCGCAGACUUUGGUCUUGCGCGGUACACCGGCGAUCCGAUGCCGCCGCUGACACAAUUGGUUGUUACACUAUGGUACCGAUCACCAGAAUUACUCCUGGGAGCAAAAGAAUACGGGACUACAGUGGACAUGUGGAGUAUCGGGUGUAUCUUCGGAGAGCUGUUAUUAAAGGAGCCGUUGUUAAGGGGGAAGAACGAGGUAGACCAGUUAGCCAAGAUCUUUGACCUCUGCGGCACCCCAACAGACGCUAGCUGGCCAACCUUCCGCAAACUUCCCAAUGCCAAGUCCCUUAAAAUUCCUAAAUCAAACCUCCCACCGCAGUCUAAAAUCCGCACAAAAUUCCCCUUACUAACCUCCCUGGGCAUCGACCUAAUGUCCCGCCUGCUAACCCUCGACCCUGCCCAACGCAUCUCGGCGGAAGAGGUGUUGAAGCACCCCUACUUCAAGGAGGAUCCCAGACCGAAGAGCACAGAAAUGUUCCCGACGUUUCCUAGUAAGGCUGGUCAGGAGAAGCGGCGGCGGUGGGAUAGUCCGAGCGCGCCGGUUAGGGGCGGGGAGGCGCCGAGCUUGGGGGAUUUGGGGGAUUUGGGGGGGUUGUUUGGAGGGAGGGAGGAGGAAGCUGUUGGGGCUGGAUUCAGUCUUCGGAUGGGGAGGUAGUGGUAAUGGGGUGUACGACGGUACCGUAUUAAUGUGGUGGAUGUGAAUGGCUUUCCUCUAGGGGUGUAGAGAUACAUGGUGUUAUCUAGAUAAUAGAAUACAUCUAAGUACCAUUGA